AUGUGUCCCUGUAUCUUUCUUUUUCUAACAGAUCUGUUUGAACAAACCGGACCACACCAAUCAAUUACUACUGCUAUCCGAAAAGUUCUGGGUGAUUAUAAAGAUGGUGUCGGUAUAUUGAAGGAGCUGAUCCAAAAUGCUGAUGAUGCAGGUGCUACUACAGUUAAGUUUUUGGUUGACUGGAGACAUGGUCCAACCAGUAGCCUAUUAUCUCCUGACAUGGCCAAAUGCCAAGGUCCAGCGUUGUGGGCUUAUAAUGAUGCUGUGUUUACUGAUGAUGAUUUAGAGAAUAUCAGUAAGCUAGCUGGAGGAACAAAGGUGGAGGAUCUUUCAAAAAUCGGUCGGUUUGGACUUGGAUUUACCGCUGUUUAUCAUCUCACAGACGUGCCGAGUUUUGUCACCCGAGAGUAUUUUACAGCUUUUGAUCCAAAUGUCAACCAUUUACAAGAUCGUAUUAAAGACAGGUCUCGUCCUGGAAUACGUAUGAACCUUGGUAAGAAUCCAAAGUUGUUAGCACGUUACAAGGAUCAAUUUCAACCAUACAAUGACAUCUUUGGCUGUAUUACAAUGCAGUCACAGAGUAGCUUCCAUUACAACGGAACGUUGUUCCGAUUUCCUUUCCGCACAGCACACCAAGCAAGCAUCAGCGAGAUCAGCAAAACUGAUUAUGGUCGAGACAGAAUUCAAGGUCUUGUUUGUAGCCUUUGUGAAUGUGCUACCACCCUCUUGCUAUUUUCCCAACAUAUAAAGAAGGUGGAGAUCUACGAGCUGGAUAGAUCACGACCGCCUAACCAAAUGCAGUUGGUGCUUUUGGUGAACAAACCAAGUGUUGAAGCCUACAGAAGCAAAGGAAUGAACAGCGAAGAGCCAUUCAUUAAGCAGUGCUCAAAGUGGUGGCAACAGAACCGAGAUUCUAGGAAAUUUAACUCUGAAUAUCCGUGUAGCCUUGAAAUUGUUACCAUUAGCACCGUAAAUAUGGCGGCAGAACUGAGCGGCUGUGAUCGCGAAAAUAGCAGUAGUGAAGUAUGGCUGGUUGUCUCUGCCAGUGGGACUGAUACGUCACUUGAAAUUGCUCUCUCACCAGAAGGCCAAUCACAUGGCCUCCUACCUUGUGGCGGGGCAGCAUUCCCUAUCUGGAGGGAUAUAACAAAAGGUUACGGAGAGCUGUUUUGUUUUCUGCCAUUGUCUAUCUCCACAGGGCUCCCUGUGCAUGUCAACGGUUCCUUUGCCAUUAUGUCUAAUCGCGUUGAGAUUUGGAAACGAACGAAUGCGCAAAGUCAACCUAUCGAGGUAAAAUGGAAUGAAGCACUUAUGGAAGACGCGUUGACUAGAGCAUACAUCAGCCUUCUUGAAAACAUGACGUCAUUAAGUAAAAGUUGUUUGAAUUACAAAUUUCAUACCCUUUGGCCAAGCUAUGACGUUGUUGAUAUGAAUUCCUGGAAAAAGCUCGUUCAAGCGGUUUGCUUUGUUUUGUUAGAAGAGCAGCGUAAGUUAUUUUACAGCAAUGGAGUAUGGAUGAGUAUCAGUGAUGGCUUCAUACUGGGCGAUGAUCUACAUACGAUCUACGAAGUUGCAGCGGAAGUGUUAAUAUCCCUAAAGGAACACGUGUUUAUCAUACCCUGCCAAAUUUUGAAGACCUUGGAGAAAUUUGAUCGAAAUGGCGUCCUGCCACGUCGCACUUUAACCUUAAAAGAUUUUAUGGAGCAAUACUUUUUCCCAAACAUCGCAAAACUCUCUCCUACCCAGCGGGAUGCUAUCGUAUGCUUUGGCUUAGAUUGUAUUCUAGAAGGGAAUACAUUUCUUCCGAAACUCUUCCAAGAAAAUAACUGUGUUGCGGUGUCACAAAAUGGAAAUAUUUUUGCGAGGCCUUGUGAGCUCAUCCAUCCAAACAGUGAAGCUGCACAAUUGUUUUCUGAAGAUGAUCAUCGCUUUCCAGUUGGAGACGGGCUGCGUAAUGAUAACCGGUUGUUUGUUUUGGGAUCACUUGGUAUGGCCAAAGAUCUGAACUUGUCAGGUAUUUACGAAAGGGCACAGUCAAUCGCUAAACUUGGUAGCUAUGCGGGAACUGAACGUUCUCGAAAAUUAAUCAAAUAUCUUAACCAGCAAGUGGAUAAAAUCCCGGCGGUCUCCACAUUUUACUCCAAUAAUCUCCAACGUGUUAAAUUUAUUCCAGUGAAAGAGGAGCCUUUAGAUGAUUACCUUUUACCUAAUUGGAAAGGAUCGAGCCUAUAUUUUCCUAGACUUUUCGCACCAAAUGAAGUAUUUUUGCCAGAUGAUGCCAAUCUUAUUGGCUCAUCCUGUUACAUAGUUAACACAUCUGAACAAAGUGGUAUUGGGACGUUGAAUGCUAACGUGAAAAAUCUCUUGGGAUUUUCAAGCCGUGUCCCUGAAGUCAAGUUUGUAAUUAAUCAAUUGGAUGAAGUAUUGAAGUUCUGGCGCACGCGAACUGAAGAAGCAAAGAAAGAUACGAGGUCCACUAUAGAAACCAUUUGCCAGAAAAUUUACGAAUUCUUCAAUAAUAUAAUCGUCAAGGAAACUGCAAGAAAUCAGUGUUUUCUGAAUGAGCUGCGGAAGCGACAUUGGUUGUUCCUUCAAGGGGAAUUUGUUGCAAGCAACAAGGUAGCGUUUUCGACAACCGGGAAUGGAGCACCAUUUUUAUUUACCCUUCCAGCCAUUUACAUAAGAAAUUAUCGACUUUUGUUGGAGGCGAUGGAAAUCAAGCAGUCGUUUGAUGAAGAAGAUUACAUCAGUGGCUUGUAUAAUCUACAAAGUUCGAAGCAAGAAAAUAUCCUGACAGAAAAUGAAUUACGAGUUGCAGUAUUUUUUAUCAAUCAAAUACAAGACGUCCAGAAACCUACUGUGAAGCCUCACAUUGGCAAAAUCCCACUACCGGAUACCAAUAGAAUUCUGCGCAAAAGCGAAGAUGUCGUUGUUAAUUUAAAUUUAUGGCUCAGGGAAUACAGGGAUCUCGAUGACAACGUAAGCGUCCACGAGAAGAUAUCACCACAAACGGCCCAUGCCCUCGGCGCGAAAUUACUGAAAAAUGUCAUAUUGAAAAAGUAUUCGAAAUCCAUCGGUGUGUCCUUCGGGCAAAACGAAUCAUUACUCGAUCGACUGCAAGAAAUUCUGGACGGAUAUCCAGCAGAAGGUAUACUGAAAGAACUCGUGCAGAACGCCGACGAUGCUGAAGCCUCGGAGAUACAUUUCAUACAUGACACUCGAAUGCUGAAAAGUGAGAAAGUUGUGACAGAAAAACAAACAUCCGAAGAAAUACAAGGACCGGCCCUUUGUGUGUAUAAUAACAAACCGUUUACUGAGAAAGACCUUAAAGGAAUUCAAAAACUUGGUAAAGGCGGUAAGCGAGAUAGCCCCGAGAUGACUGGAAAAUAUGGAAUUGGUUUUAAUUCUGUGUAUCAUCUCACGGACUGCCCAAGCUUUCUGACCAAUGACGAUACCCUCGUUUUACUUGAUCCUCACUGCCGUUAUGCUGUCGCUGCAAGUUCUGAUAAGCCUGGUGAAAUGUUCUCGCCAAUUGAUGAAAGAUUUCGGAAUGAUUUCUCUGAUACACUCGAUGGAUACCUAGCUGAUCAUUUUGACUUACAAGGCUCCACAAUGUUCCGUUUCCCACUCAGAAGUAAAUAUGAAUCCAAGAUAUCUAAUGUGCCUAUUGAUAUGAAACAUCUCCUGCAGACGUUUAAAGAGGAAGCCCGAAAAUCUCUGUUAUUUCUAAACCAUAUCAAAAGAAUAACCCUCUCGAAAAUUGGUCAAAAUAACAAGCUUCAUCAAAUACAUCAAGUUGAGACCAUUAUCACUCCACAGGAUGAAAUGAAGCGUCAGAAGUUAGCACAAAACGUCCGCGAUUUCAAAGGUACUCCAACAAUGGAAAUUGGAUGGCAGGGAAUAGGUUACACACUUAAAGUAAAAGAAAACGACGAAAAAAUCGAGCACUGGUUGAUACAACAAUGUAUUGGAUCGACCACUCAAUGUCUCACAACCAGCAACAGUUCCGAUGAAGGUCAAACUGAGUUUAAAAUUCCCGAUGGUCGCAAACUUGGACUUUUUCCACGUGGUGGCUUGGCUGCUCGGCUUUGGACAACGUCAGUAUCCUCCAACAAACAAGAAGCGCUAGCGUUGCGUGGCAUGGUGUAUUGCUUUCUACCGCUCCCAGAAAACUACACUUCUCUUCCAAUUCAUGUUAAUGGUCACUUUGCCCUAGAUAGACACAGACGAGGGCUUUGGACUGAGACAGAUGGCAAGGGAGAAAAAUCUAAGUGGAACUACUUCGUCAAGAGUUGUGUAUUACCACGCGCCUAUGCUGCUUUGAUCAUGGAAGCUAGAAGGUAUGGUAGCAAAGAUGACAACCAACUUUCAAAUUAUCAUGCUUUGUUUCCAACAGUUAAAACGGAUUCUCUUUGGAAGACUCUUGCUGUUGAAUUGUACCGUUACCUGGGCCAGACAAAAGCCAAAGUGUUGCCGUUACUAGUCCCAACCGAAGCUAACCAUAGUCUCUUUCCGUCAAUGAAUGAAGCGCCUAAACCACCUGUACAUGUGACACACACUGAUUGGCUUUCAAGUGACCAAGCAUACUUUGUGAACUGUAACGCACCCAAUGCACCUGUGAGCGAAUUUCUGCAUUUGUUGAUACGAAUUGGUCUCCCUGUCUUACUUCACUGCCCUUUUCGGUUACAUCGUGGGUUUCUCUCAGCUGACAAGAAUUCGCAUAAAGUUACUCCAAAGACCGUUGCUGGUUUUCUACGAAGCCCUGGUUGCAAGAUUACCCAACUUCCGAGACAAAUGGAAACGACAGUGUUCAAGAGUAUUUCAGAAUUGUCGGUGUUGAUCCAGUAUUGUCGUGAAGACAAGGAUUUCAGCAAACAGUUAGAAGGUCUCCCUUUACUUCUUACACAGGAUGGGAACCUUAGAAUCUUUCAUUCACGUCAACAAGUAUUUCUUUCUAAAUUUGGUGAUCUUUUCCCAACACAUGCAGACCGGUUUGUUCACUCGGAAAUAGUCAAUCAAAUUCCGUUGGCUGGCACCGAUGGAAAAAAGAAUGUCGUCCGAACUUUUACUGUGAAAGACGUUGCAAUGUUACUAGAACAUGUAUUCACAAACCAAGUGUUGAGAAACAUCGAUAAUGAUGAAACGUGGAAAUUCCCACCCGAGGGAAUUCUAUCUGAAAAGUGGUUCAAAAGAUUUUGGGAUUUCUUGCAAAACUAUGCUGAGCCAGAGCCCGAAGAAGACCCUGAUGACAUGUUAGAAUGUCUAUCGAAAUGGCCCUUGAUUCCAACAACAUGUGGAAAACUUGUGAAAAUCGAAAACGCAGAUACUGUGUUGGAUAUGACAGUCACAGGAACCGAGUCAGCACUGCAAGAAAACGUUCGCACGUUCUUGAAAAAUCUGAAAUGCCCAGUGUUGAACAAGGAAAUUACUUUUAAAGAAGACGUCGAAUCGUUUUCACUUGCCGAAGACCAAAGCAGCUCAGAAAAAUCUAUAAAAAGAGUCCUUGAGAGAAAAACAUCCGUCACUGAUCCCUACGUAGCACACCCUCACAACUGUUUGGACGUUUUGAUGGUCCUUGACCAUAUGCUCAAUUUGGGGACGCUCGACCAUUCAGAAAUAAAUGAUAAAGAAUUUCUUCAAUUUCUCCGGUUUGUACAAGAUAAUUACAAUAGAUCGCGAGUAUACAUGCAUGUAAUAAAACGUUUACCAUUUCACAAAGCAUUGGACGGUCAGUUGGUGAGUUUAAUUGGCCGAUAUUCCUCGCAUGCUCUCAUUCCUUCGGGUGUCCCAUUACUGCAGCUAAAGGAGCUCCAAGAGAAGGCAAAUUGUCUUUUCCUCGAUUCCAGUGCUUUACCUGCUCUUGGGGAACUUUACAGCGACCUUGGUGUUAAAGCUGGUCAAAACAUCACACAGUUUUACGUAGACUAUGUUUUCAGGCAUUUCAGCAUAUUUAAUCGUGAGAGCCAAAUGCAGCAUUUAAUUUACAUCAGAGAUAAAGUCCACCCUAGGUUGCCCCAAGGUGACUCAAGUGAUAAGAAGAUAUUUCUCAACAGUAUGAUUGAAAAUGCCUGUAUUCCAGACGAACAUGGUAAUCUUCAUUUAGCUGCAGAAUUUUAUGAUCCAUCCAACGAGUUGUUCAAGGUAAUGUUUGAACAUGAAUGUGGUAAAUUUCCUCCUGCACCUUUCAACGAUAGAGCUUGGUUAGACCUUCUUGCAGACAUCGGCCUCCGUAUUAAUAUCACACAACAGUUAUUCCUAGAAUUUUGUAAGACGGUUGCUCAGGGCGGAAGAUCUUCUCCACAAGACCAACGAGUACACAAACAAUCGGAAAUGUUAGUAAAGUGUCUAUUUUCUGAGGACGAAUCCUCGAGAGACGAAAACUUCCUAUCCCAAUUAUCGCAGAUCAAUUUUAUUGCUCCAGGCAAAGUGGAGAAGCAACUAACAUCGAUACAUGAGCAGUACCAGUGUCCCAGAAAUGGCUAUCCGCCUUUUAUUAAAUUCAGGAAUGCAGUUCCAUGGUGUUUUAGAAAUAUUGCCUGGACAUCUGCUUCAAUACUCCCUGAAUGGGCAAAGACUGACAAAAUCGCAGGAUCAAAAAUUCUUGGGAUUUGCCAAAAACCAUCAGAUACCACAGUUGUCCACCAUCUACAAAACGUAGCUACCACCUACAGUCCUAAUGCCCUUAAUUGUAAUGUGUUACAUCAAAUCACCAUGUCUAUUUAUGAGUUUCUAUCAAAGUUCACAAAAUCAUGUGGUAGCGGUUUAACGGAUAAGUGCAGCAACAUUUGUAUGAGUAUUGGUUUUAAACUUCGAGAUAUCCCCUGUAUAUUUUUGAAUGAAGACAAAGUUUUUGUUAAAGCGGAACAGUUGGCGUUUAAUUUACCUGAAAAUUGCGCUUUUAAGCCGUUUCUAUAUCCUGUACCAGAAGAGCUGAUGGUCUUUAGACAUUUUCUGAAACGACUUGGCACAACAGAGAAAAUUCAACCGUUACAGAUCGCCAACGUUCUCAAUGCUAUACAUAAACAGGUUGGCGAAGAUGAGUUGUCAACCGAACAGGAGAAUAAAGUUAAGGUUGCAAUGUAUUUGCUAUUUAAAUCACUUUUGAAACGUGCAAAUGCCGACGCAAUUGAUGAGCUAUAUUUACUAAGUCAAAACAAACGACUUGUCAAAUCCUGCGACCUAAUUUGCAACGUUUCAUCGCGUUUUCUCACCGAAAUUGAAAAGCUUCAAUGCCCCAUUCUGUUGCGAUUUGAGGAAUGCAAACUACAAAAUGACGCUGAUUAUAUCGAUGCCUUACCGAAGCAUUUACGUCCAGUAAAGUUUAAUGACCUAGUCCGAGAAGACGUUGAUCCUGUGUGCAAGGAUUCCAUUUGUUUCCUCGCGCAAGAGAGCUCCGUAUGCAAAUUUCAACAACAAUUCGAACAUCUAUUGCGAUCGGAUGAACUUCAGGAAGGGCUCAAACGGUUGAUAAUGCACACUGGUCACGUUUCACAACAAUUUGAACAUAGACUAAAGAGGCUGCAGUCCAAUGUCCAAAUUAAAUGUGUAGGUAUUCGCAGUAUUAAGGUUCAGCUUAUUCGGCAUGAUACUGGUACAGUGCUAUCUCAUAUAGAAGAUAGUUGCUAUGCAACACAACAAGAAGACACGUGGUCAUUGUACAUGCAGCAUGACUGUCAAAACCGUAAAUCACGAACACGCAUUGCUGGUUACGUUAACAAGAUUCUGGGGGAUUGUAUACAGAAAAUGGAUGCACUAAUUGCGAUUCUCGAUUGUUCGUCUCCAAGUGAUAUUUUUGAAGAGUUAAAUAGAUUUGAUAUUCCUCAAAGCCUUUCUGAAAGUGCUGCUGAUUUCACUCCUCCAGACGACGAUGUGUUAUCCGGGUUGGAUAGUGACGAUGAUGGUGAGAUGGGAAGAGAUCAUGGCGGUGAAUAUGGUGGUGGAGGUUGUGGUGGAGGUGGUGGUGGUGGAGGUGGUGGUGGAGGUGGUGGACGUGGUGGACGUGGUGGUUGUGGUGGACGUGGUGGUGGACCUUCAAGGUAAGAUUUUACUACAUUUUGAAGAGUAGAGUAGUAAUACGGCUCAGAUUCUUGAUAGAAUUUAUGAGCAAUGCGUAUCAUCUUCCAUGGAUGCAAAACUAUAAAAAGAUAUAUUCAAGCAUUAAAUAUAUAGUUAACAAAGCAUAAAUAAAAUUCAAGGCUAUUAAUAACGAGUCGUUAUCUACCACAGGAUUCCAGUUCUUAUAUGCAAGAAGAUAGGAUGCAACCGAUAAACUCUUCCAAGAUAUCAUGACCAGUGAUUGUCAUAGACUUCACAGCUUACUUCCUCCAUGUAAUACCAAUUAAAAGAAAUAAGCACAGGUUUAACUUUACUUUUGAACAUUUCAUUGUACAUAACUCUUAAAAAACAUAGUGUAGUUACAAAACUUUUAUUACAUCGUAUUGUACUGUAGUAGCCAUCCAACAUUGUAAUAGCUUAUUUUUAGAAUUUAUUAUAAUAUUAAAUAUAUUUAUCUAAUCUCAGUUAAAGUUUAGAACUCACCUUUUGAUCAAGAUUAUAGUUAGGAAUGGAAUAAUAUGCCUUCAAUGGAUGUUACAAUUCUAUUACAAUUUUCUCGAAAUGAUUAUAUUUCAGAAAUGGUGAUGAUAAUAUAUGGUAUCCAGUUAGCCGCGAAGAAGCAUUACGUUGGGUGGAACAAUCCAAAACCGAUUUGGAAAGUGCGAGAUGGUUGCUUGAAUCCGAUCCACCAUUCAGUUCUCACGUCUGUUUCCAGAGUCACCAGGUGGCGGAAAAAUGUUUCAAGGCCUUGUUAUUCGCGGAAUAUGGCAUCUCUGAUCAAUUACUUGGCUCUCACGAUCUGCAAGAAAUUGGACGUAAGGUCGGGGAAAAAACUGAAGUAACGAAAAAGGCAUUCGAAUUUGCAAGACGAGUCAUGGACUACUACCUAACUACUCGCUAUCCAAACCGUCAACCAAGUCAUGUCGUGCCAGCUCAGGCUUUCAACAAGAAUCAAGCAGAAACGGCGUUUGAUGCAGCAUCGAAAUUGCUAAAAAUUGUGAAAGAUUAUUUGGAGAAUAGAUGACCACAUUGUAAUGCUAGGGCACAUUUGUUUUCAAUGGUUGUUUACGCUUCGGCAAGAGUAAAGAAUAGUAAGGAUUUUAAUUUAAAAGUACACAUAUAUCUUAUUAUGAAAAUGGAUUAUAAAUCGAUUAACGAAGUCCUAUUACCCAACCAGUACACUGUACAGCGGACAAAUUAUCAAGUUACAACAGAUUGCAUGCCAUUUGAUAAUUUACCUCGAUAUGUAAACCUGGGUUGUAAUGGACCGAUUCGGAAAAUAGUUGUCAUUCUUUUUCUCCUGAAAUUACUUUUAACGAAUUUUAAUUAAUUUUAAUUUAAGGUAAUCACUGCCGCCUUAUAGAAUACUUCAAGACCAACAGUUUUACAAAGUAUAAAUAUAAUACCGUGUAUUCUCUUUGAGAAAUGAAAUCAUAAAAAUACUGGAGCUUGUACUACAUUUAGCAAACAAGCCUGACUAGCCUCGUUUUGGUGCUUUUUUCACAUUUCAAAGACAAAGGGUUGUAAUUUCGGAUUAUUUUUAAUCUUAAAUUCUUACACUUUGCUUUAAAUAAUGAUCUGUUGAAAAAUGGUUUAUUAGCC